CGCUCACAUGGUCGCGUCACUCGCCGUUUCCUCCUCAGGGCCGCUCUUGUGAACUUUGACCUCUGGCGCAGGAAACACUAAGCAUGAGCCAUUCCUUCUCAUGGUGUGGGUUCUGAUUCUGGCUGUGGCGGGAGCCACGGCGGUGGUGUUCAUCCUGAGACUAUGGAUAGUGCUUCGGUUUCAGAACGUCACGCCCCGAGAGUCCCUCGGUCUCUUGAUAGUGGCUGGAUCGGGUGGCCAUACCACCGAGAUCCUGAGGCUUGUUGGAAGCUUGUCAGGUGCUUAUUCCCCUAGACAUUACGUCAUUGCUGACUCUGAUGAAAUGAGUGCCAAUAAAAUUAAUUCUUUUGAAUUCACUCGAGCUGAUAGAGACUCUAGUCCUGAGUAUAUCAAGUACUACAUUCACCGAAUCCCAAGAAGCCGGGAGGUUCAGCAGCCCUGGCUCUCCACAGUGUUCACCACUUUGCGCUCCAUGUGGCUUUCCUUUCCCCUGGUUCAGCGAAUAAAGCCAGACCUGGUGCUGUGUAAUGGACCAGGAACAUGUAUUCCUAUCUGUGUAUCUGCCCUUCUCCUUGGGAUACUCGGAAUAAAGAAAGUGAUCAUUGUCUACGUUGAAAGCAUCUGCCGAGUAGAAACUUUAUCCUUGUCUGGGAAGAUUCUGCUCCAUCUGUCUGACUACUUCAUUGUUCAGUGGCCUGCUCUUAAGGAGAAGUACCCCAAGUCUGUGUACCUUGGGCGAAUUGUGUGACAGAUGGUAACUGCUUUAGAAUUUUGCACCUAACAAUAAUGUUUGCUGAAGCAUCUUUAUUAAAAAGUCUUUUGAAAGCC